AUGUGCGUGAUUUCGUCGAGACAGAUGAUGGGCCAUGCCCUGGCCCGGUCUCAGCUGAUGCUGUCUCGAGGCAACUUGGCCGAUUGUAUACGGUGUCAGGGCUUGAGGGUUUCAAAAACCCUAAAAAUGGAGACGCAAUCUAAGCGACCCACUUGCCCGUCUUGCGCUAAACCCACACAGCUCUGCCUCUGCAAGCGGUUGCGAUCUCCGUGCCUGGACAAUCAGGUGAGUGUCACUAUCCUGCAGCACAGUCUCGAGAGAAAACACGCGCUUAAUUCAACUCGUAUCGCUAGAUUGGGACUUAGGAAUGUUAGUGUGGUCACCGUUUUCGAUGUUCAUGACGAGGCCGAGUUCGUAAUCAGGGUUAUUGGAUCCGAUUCCGGAAAUUUUGGAACGAAUCGCUCUGAUUGUGAUGUUAGCCUUGAAGAUGGAGGUCUUGUUGCUCAUGGAAGCUUGAAAAUUGCUGAAAGUAUGAAGCUUUCUCAUCAUUUGGGUGAAAAUUUGUGGGUUAGAGAUAAGAUAGGUUCUUGUGAAGAACAUGGAUCAGAGGAUUUGAUCAGAAUCUCUAUGAGCAAAAAAGGUGUUAUCCGAAGUGUGUCACAUUCUCUGCUCCAAGCUCGUGUAGAGGAUCCUAGUUUUGAUCAAAUAUUGGCUUCUCCAACCGCCAUGGAUGUGUUGGCAAAAGGGUUUGUGGUAACAAAGUUCUCGGAAGGGAAGCGAGAGUUUGAGCUCGAGGUUCCUCCUGGAUCAGCUUUGUUGUUCCCGAGCGAAGAAUCCGCGAAGAUCAAUGAUGUGAAAGAGAGAGAGCUGAAGGUAAAGAAUCUGAUUGUUCUUGAUGGGACGUGGUCAAAGGCAAGAAGAAUGUACCUUGAGAAUCCGUGGCUGAGGCUUUUGUGUAGCCACGUGAAGCUGGAAAUCGAAGGGACGAGUUUGUACAGAGAAGUUAGGAGACAGCCAAGAGAGGGAUGUUUGUCGACGAUAGAGAGUAUUGUGUACGCAAUGAAGGAGAUUGGUGAAGAUGAUCCUCAAGGUUUGGAUAACAUGUUGGAUGUUUUUGAAUCCAUGGUUGAAGAUCAAAGACGAUGUAAAGAUGAGAACUUUGGAAAAAUUCUCUGA